AUGAUAGAGAACACACUAAGUGGUCUCCAAAUGCUGUGCAAUUUAGAGUACACCUAUGACAUCGUCUGUCUGUUCGAACGUACGGAGGAUGAGCAAGGUGCACUUGAUAGACUAGCAAGUGUUGUUGCUACAUUCGGCCAAAUGUCUGACGAGAUUCCCGCUUUUGAGACCAAUGAGAACGCGGUCUGCGGUGAAUCUUCAGAGGAUGAGGAUGAGCUUGAGAAAUCGUCCAACGCACCUACAUCGAACUCCUAUCAGGUAACCAAACAACCUGUGGCAACAGUCGGUGCUUCGCCCAAUAUGCCGUCCGGCGAUGCAGGCGAUAACCAAGAGACGAAUGACGAGCCGUAUGUGAGCCGAAAAAAGCGAAAAGAACAACUAAAACAGACCUCACGCAAACAAGAGUUUUCUCAACUCGAGAACGAGGAUAUUUCAGACGGUUGGACACAAGUGGAACAAAAACAACUAGAGGUCGCCAUUCGAUCAAUUCCAAAAGGAACUCCCGAACGCUGGGAUCGCAUUGCAGACUGCGUACCAAGCAAGUCCAAGGUAGGCCUUGUCAUCUAA